GAUGUGAGCCGCUGGUCAUUGGGCGGAUCACUGUGACGCGCCGGACAUGCUGCUGCGGAAGGUGGAGCUACACCCUGGUCUACUACGAUCAUGAUUUUUCACAUGGCUGUGCGCUCCAGUCCGAUAUUACGGAAAACAAAUUUAGCCGUGUGGAGAGCAUGGAGGUCUUGGAAGUUAAGCCUGCACUCUUCUACAGUUUGUGCAUCCUCUGGUCCUGGUCCCCUGGACAGAUCUGAAGAGCUGUCUUCAGCAGAGAAGCUUCCUCACACACCUGUCAUGCUCAAAGAAGUGCUCCAUUACCUAGACAUCCAGCCAGGUCAGGUGGUCCUGGACAUGACAUUUGGAGGUGGUGGUCAUACCAAAGCGAUGCUGAAUAUGGUUCCUGAAGUCACAGUCCUGGCUCUAGACCGAGAUCCUGCUGCCAUUUCUCUGGCCCAGCUCUUAGCCAAGGAACACUUUGGCCGCGUGAAACCAUUGCUUGGCCGAUUCAGCGAGCUCGACGCCCUGCUGUCCAACAUGAACAUUAAGCCAGGCAGCAUUGAUGCUGUCCUGUUGGAUGCUGGCUGCUCCUCCAUGCAGAUGGAUCAGGCGGAGAGAGGCUUCGCCCUCAGCAAGGAUGGGCCUUUGGAUAUGAGAAUGGAUGGAGAGAGGUACCCCGACAUGCCCUGCGCUGCUGACGUUGUGAAUACCUUAGAUCAACAGGCUCUUGCAUCCAUCCUCACUGCAUAUGGGGAAGAAAGACACGCCAGGAAAAUAGCUUCAGCCAUUGUGGAGGCACGCCGUGUCAACCCCAUCACCCGGACACAGCAGCUGGCCAGCGUGGUGGCAGGAUCGUUUCCUGCAGCUGUUCUCUAUGCACGUAAGGACCGACUCCACCGACCUGCACAUGUGGCCACUAAGACUUUCCAGGCUCUGCGUAUCUUUGUGAACGAUGAGCUGAACGAGCUACACGCAGGCCUGCGUGCUUCCCAGGCGGCACUGACACCUGGAGGACGUCUCUGCGUGAUCACCUUUCAUUCGCUAGAAGAUAGACUGGUCAAACGUUUCCUCCAGGGAGACGACUUGUCCAAUCUAGAUCAGUAUCACUUCAGCCCGAGGAAACAAGGCAACCGAAAGGAAAAACUGAUGGUUGAAAAACAAGGUGGUGGAAGUGUUUAUUGGCUUCCUGUGCGAAAAAAGGUGGUCACCCCAGAAAAGGACGACGUACAAGACAAUCCUCGAGGACGCUCCGCCAAAUUGAGGGUGGCAAUGAGAUGUUAAACAGAAAUUCUUUAUUUUUGCUUACAUAUUUGAGUUUUACAACUAAAACUUAGUACAUCCAAAUAUAUUUUUUGUAAAAAGCUUAUAUGUGGACCAUUUAUUCUUUUUCACCGUGCAGAGAUGCCUUCUUUUGACUUCUUGCCGGACAACGCAGGUCAGCCAAGCAGUUGGGACAGAUUUAAGUGCAACACCAUCGAGCCAUCCUACGGCUCACAAUGAGCUGUCUCUACAUCCAGACAGGCUCCAUUCAUUCAACAGUUUGCACUCCAGGACUGAGUGUUGUUUUCAGCUGGUUUUCUUAUUUGAAUUUGCACCACCAUUCAUCUGCCAAUCAAAUCAAUACACAUUGCUGUGAGCACCUUGAGUGUGAAUGAGCCGACUACGCCAAGGCAGCUGGCCGCGUCGUCAGAUAGGAACGCCUUUCAGUGCCAGACAUUCAACAGUAUUUCCCUUCUGAAAUCUGAAAAGGGUUUUACAUUACUGUACAGUGUAAGGCCGCGAUCACACAGAAAUCGUUUUGAAGGUUGCAAAACAUGAGGCGCGUUGCACUGCCUUUUUUAAAAAAAAAAAUUGGAUGCCACUUUUUAAAAAAAAAAAAAAAAAAAAGAAGCUUGCUGCGCUUUUUUAUUGUUGCCAGGCAACCAUGCCAUCAUCUUUUUACUCUAACCUUCCUGUGUAAUCAAUCUACCAUUUAUUUUUUCAUUUUAUUUAUUUCACAGCAUGGAUCGCAGGGAGUACCACCAGUGGGUCAGGAGCUUCGCGUUAUGAUUGCUGUUUCCAGGCAUAUUUUAGGAUGACUCGGGCAGUUUGACAUCCUGCUGCCUAUCAUUGUGCCCUAUAGCCCUGGGUAUCCAGCAGCCGCUACCACCAGUUUCUUGUCCAUUGUUCACAACAUAACCACCACAGAAGGCCCGCCUCUCAAAUCAUCCAAUUGGACAAUGGGAAAAAAGAGAUGUCAUUGGGCGCUUUUCCGGUACGAAGUUUUUUCAACUUGAGCAGUUCAGAGCGCUCCGGCAAAAACGCCAGGCACCUGGAACGCAGAAACGCGAGGCAUGUAGCAAUGCAAAAACAGCGAGCAAAAAGCUUCAUUCUCAUUAAAAUCAAUUACAAAAAGGCAUGUAAAGCUGCUAAAACGCUUUCUGUGUGACCAGGGCCAUAAGCUACCAGCAGGGAAAAUGCUGUCAACACUGAAAUGCUCAGCGUCAAACCUGAGGAAAUAAUUACAGUUGAGUUGAUGCAACCACAAUCAGGCACAUAAGAGAAGACAUCAAAAAGUCAUUAAACAUGAGAGACAUUAUUUUGAGGAUGUAAUUAAAAUAGUUACAUGGCUUACUGCAUUUUUAAAAAAAGGAAACGAUCUGUAACCUAUUACAUUUGUAACCUUCCCAACACUGUAUAUAACUAAAGUUUCACUCCCAGUGGAAAAACUUUAAAUAGAAUUACAGGUAUGUUGGGCAUCAUUCUGUCUUUCUCUCACCUUGUGUUAACACAGAGAAACCCAGACUAAAGUAAGAGCCAUAAACUGUGUGAAAGCUUUAAGUUUGAAGUAAAAACCAAAUAAAACUGUGUAACCUUUG